AAACACACCAUUGCAAUCAUAUCAAUCUCAUAUCUGUCGAGUGUAGAAGUUUACAAUAUUGUGCUGACGAAGUAGUUUGCAUGGGACAUCAGUGGAGAAAAUAAUAGAGAAAUUUACUCCCCACGAGCCGCAUUCGCUAGUCACUGUUGCGUGAUUUCCUUAUGGCUUUUACAGCAGCGUGAAAACAUAUUAGUCCUUCCUUUCAGUUGUGUGGCUUUGUUGCGAGCAAACGAAUAGCCCGGCCGUUCGUGUACUGAUUCAUCGAAUUAGUUUCGUUAAAACAUUUGACCCAAGUCGGUAUUGGCCGUGGUUUGAUCUUCCCAGCCAGAUAGUUCGCAUUCCUAACGCAGUAGGAAAGUAGAUACGGGUCGUAGUGUUACCGGAAGUAGCGAAUCAUUCAAAAUCAAGCCAAGAUGAUGGAUGGAAUCGAAGAAAACGGAUCACCGCAGCAAGCGACGAGUCCGAGUGUCACCGUCCCGGAGACGAUAGGUUCGCGGCAGGGAUCCGUUGAGGGCGGAUCAACUACUGGAACCACCACAGCGCUGCCGGAAAAUUCCCUACUGGUCGACAUUUCCGACGCAUUGAGUGAGAAGGAGCGGGUGAAAUUUACCGUCCACACGCGCACGAACUUACCCGGCUUUGACAAGCCCGACUUUCUGGUGGUCCGACAGCACGAGGAAUUCGUCUGGCUACACGAUCGCUUCGAAGAGAACGAAGAGUAUGCCGGUUACAUUAUCCCACCGUGUCCGCCCCGGCCUGACUUCGAUGCAUCGCGCGAGAAGCUGCAACGGCUGGGCGAAGGCGAAGGCAAUAUGACCAAGGAGGAGUUUAAGAAGAUGAAGCUGGAGCUGGAAGCCGAAUAUUUGGCCACCUUUAAAAAGACUGUCGCCAUGCACGAAGUCUUCCUGACGCGUCUCGCCUCGCAUCCCGUGUUCCGAGAGGAUUCGCACCUGAAGGUGUUCCUCGUGUACGACCAGGAUUUGUGUGCAAAAAUGAAGAAAAAGAUCGACAUCUUUGGUGGACUGGUGAAAAGCAUCGGCAAAACGACAGAUGAAAUCUACCUCGGUGCCACGGUGAAGGAUGUAAACGAUUUCUUCGAGCACGAGCUGCAGUUCUUGGGCGAGUACCAUUCUCACUUGAAAGAGGCCGCGAUACGAACGGAGAAAAUGACCAACAAACACAAGGACGUGGCCGAUUCGCAUGUGCGCAUUUCAUCGCAACUGCUGGCGCUGUCCACCGCGGAACACGGCUCAAUGGAGAAGUUUUUGGCAAAGACGUCCGAUAUUUUCGAAAAAAUAAGGAACAUGGAAGGACGCGUGGCAAGCGAUCAGGACCUGAAGCUGGGAGAUACGCUGCGAUACUAUCAACGGGAUAGUAAUGCAGCCAAAGCGUUGUUAAUUCGCCGUUUGCGCUGCUUGGCUGCGUACGAAGCCGCCAACCGCAACCUAGAAAAGGCACGGGCGAAAAAUAAGGAUGUUCACGCGCCGCUGGAAGUACAGGAGGCGGAAAGUGCACAGACACAGGCAUGCGAAAAGUUCGAAUCGAUGUCAGCACGCGGCAAAGAAGAAUUGGUCAGCUUUAGAUUGCGCCGUGUAGCUGCCUUCAAGAAAAGCUUGACUGAUCUGGCAGAGUUGGAAAUAAAGCACGCUAAAGGACAGUACGAAUUUCUACGCCAAUCUUUACUCGCCUUACAAGAGCUGGUUUAGUAAACGAGCUGAAACAAAAAACAAACACUCACUUUCUUACAUUUGCGGCAAAGAAAUGCGAUACAAAACCGUAACCGUCUAAGUGGAACAAUAUUUCUCCUAUCUGUGAAGUAUCAAUGGACACAUCCGUCGGCGAUGUCGGAACGUGAUUGCCAGUGAAACGCAUUUGUAACCGACUGGAAUCGGACGGGUGGGUUUAAAUCACCAAUUUGGAGAAAACAAAGAUCCGUUCUGUUGAUCUAGCAUAGGAUAGCAGAGAGCAAAUGUGUCUUCAUGAUAAUGCAAAUAAUACGAAAAUUAUUAGAAGAAUGAACUCAUCGAACCAUGAAACAAAACACCGUUAGGGGGCUUUUUUUCUUUUCCUCAUCUUUAUGUAGUGUAAUAAUAUAUUACAGUAGGUGACCGCUAACUGGAUGUGUUUUACUGGAGUUUUUUUAAACUAAAAGUUAUCUAACUGGAGUGAUUCUCAGUUGAACAACACAUGAAUGUCAAAACAUGAAACAUCCGGCAUCUUACGAAGAGAAAUUUAUAGCAAAUGUGAAUUUUUCUCACAAAUUGAACCUCUCAGUUAGCGGUUACCUACUGUAUUCCCUUUAUCACGCAAAACGUAUCUAGGAAACAAGUACAAGAAACGCCGUUGAAAUCAUUAUCAUGAUUCACAUUAGUACAUUCUAUUGUUGGCUGUUUAGAUAACGGAUGCAUACACCUGUUGAGAUGUAGAAAGCGCUUCGUUAAUUUGUUUGUUUUUUUUUCUUCGGUUCGUAAUCCAUAAAAUAUUAAAUAUUUGACCUUAUGUAUUAGAGUUUGUUACGAGUUGUCGAAAGAUACUGCGCUCGAAUUCAGUGAAAUAAUUGUGAAUUAUAAUUGCACUUCAUUUUUCUUCCAUCGAAUAUGUAAUUUCAAGGAAUAAUGUAUUUUUAGCGAGAGAUUUGAAGAAGAAGGUUUUAUGCUUGUAAACGGAGGGGAAAUGAUAAGAAGAGUGCGUUCCAGGAAAACCAAAUUAGCUGUUGCGUCUAGGACGGGUAGGGCAGUAGGAUAAUCUAUUGGCAUUUUAUUUUUCUACUAUACUCUUUAUACACAAGCGAUUGUUCUUUCUUUUCGUCUCGGUAUAAACUGAUGAUGGAUUCAAAACGGCAUGGACUCGUACUGAAGCCUGCGCGACACACAUAUAUAUAGAAGCGUACAUGUCGGUAAAUAACAGUUUGUAUGAAAUAUUGAUGAAAUAAAUAAAUCUACAACC